UUCUGCCCUCCAGAAAUUUGCUAAAGCUAGCUACCCUUUAGCUAAAACUGUUAUAUUUAAAUAACUGGAAAUUUACAUUUAGCGGUUUUACCAAAGGGGUAGCUAGCUUUAGAAAUGCAGUAAUUUGUUGAUUGGUAAAAUUAUUAGCGUACAAACCUGCGAAUGCUAAUUGGGAAAAAUACAUACAUUAUUUUCGUGAUAAAUUUUUUUUUCGACAAGUUUUAAACGGUGGUUUGUGUGUGUGAGACCAUGAGACAUUAUUAACUAUACUUUGUUCUGUCUUGCAACAGCUAAGACAUCACAUUUAUCAAAGGCUUUUGCAUAAAAUAGAACUGGGAUUCAACACAACACCACUGAAUUUGGAUUACUUCGAAUUUGUUUGUCGUCAGGAGCUGUAUCUUCUGCAUGCCCUAUCCAAUCAUGUAGAAGUACAUCCUGCUAUCACCCAGGCUUUGCAAGAUCUCUUUGACCUUGUGAAGGCACAACUGGAACAUCCAGACACAUGUUUCACGGUGGAAGUUGCUGCUGGUACCACAGGGCGACCCAAAAUUUUGAUUGGAGAACAAUGCUUGAAAGAAAUGCUCCAUACUCGACUUCCUGUGUCUUGCAUAGCUAAACUGAUGGGUGUUUCAAGAAGCACAGUCUUCAGACGAAUGGAAGAGUACGAGCUCUCUGUCAGGAACACGUAUAGUUCCAUCAGUGAUGAUGAACUUGACGGUUUGGUUGCUUCAAUCAAGAAUAAUUUACCAAACGCUGGCUACAGGAUGGUCAGAGGGAGACUGGAGUCAAUAGGCCAUAGGGUUCAGUGGAGAAGAAUUGCAGCCUCCAUGCAUAGGGUUGAUUCUGUGGGCAUCAUCUCAAGGCUGUCAAGUCUUGGCUGUGUUGUACGCAGAGUUUACUCUGUACCAGGACCCUUGUCUCUGGUACAUGUGGACACAAACCACAAGUUAAUCAGAUACAACAUUGUGAUAUUUGGAGGAGUGGAUGGUUUCUCCAGGAAGAUAAUGUACUUGAAUGCAGCCACAAAUAACUGUGCAUCAACGGCAUUUCACUUCUUCCUUGAGGCAACUCACCUGCAUGGUUUACCUUCAAGGGUAAGAGCUGACCAGGGAGUGGAGAACGUGGACAUUGCCCGGUUUAUGUUCACUGUCCGUGGCACUGAUCGGGGAAGCUUCAUCUCGGGAAAAAGUGUGCACAACCAAAGGAUAGAACGAUUAUGGCGAGAUGUGUGGAUCUCAGUAUCAUCGAAGUACUACAAUCUUCUGCACUCCCUUGAAGAAGAUGACCUCUUGGACAUUUCAUGUACAGAUGACAUAUUCUGUGUGCAUUAUGCAAUUCUUCCAAGACUCAAAAGAGACUUGGAGAUAUUCACUGAAGGCUGGAACCACCAUCCACUACGUACUGAGGGAAACCGGAGUCCGACACAGAUUUGGGAAAUUGCUCGGAUGCUAAACACCAAUGUACAUUCAGAGAACUUUGCAGACCUUCAAGAGCCAGACAUUGACUGGGACACCGCUGUUGACUUUGAUGGCCCUGACUCAGAAACUGGUGUUAUAGUGCCUGAAUACGAGUGCCCUCUGACUGAAGAGGAGAUGACGGAACUCCAAUCUUUGGUUGAUCAAGCUGAUCCAAACAUUACUGAUGAAGAGCUAUACAUUCUCUGCUAUCAACACAUAAAACGGCUGCGGACACACAGUUAACCUCUUCAGGUCUGAUGUUCCAAUCAUUGCAAACACGUUGCCUCGUUUAGGUCCUCUAG